GUGCCUGCAUGUUGAUGAUCUGGGCCCGCUGCCGACGCUACUGGGAGCCUAGCGGUCCCGCUGCGGUUUGGGCUGGGGUGGCAUCUCUCUUACACCGCCACCCCUCGUCCCUAGGUCCCCAUCCUCCGAGGACCGCCCUCGACCUUUACCCUCACCCAUUUCCCCCUCCUCCCCGCACCAGGGUCCCCGUAUCUGAGUAUCUGCACUCGUGCCGCCCCCCGCGUCUCUCCCCUCCCGCCGCAAACCCCGCGACCUCCAGCAGCCCGCCCCCGUGGGCCCGAUCCCGCCCCGCGGCUCCCGCCGCAGCCUCCUCCGCCUUCCCGCUCUCCCAGGGCUCGCGCCACUACACCCCCCGGCCGUCCGCGCGCGGGCUUCCCUGUUCCCUCCUCCUCCCGCCCCCUCGGAGCCCCCUCCCCCGCCCUGGCCAGCAGACAUGCAGGUGUCUAUCGCUUGUACCGAGCAGAACCUUCGCAGCCGGAGCAGUGAGGACCGUCUGUGUGGACCCCGGCCGGGCCCCGGGGGCGGUAACGGCGGGCCGGUCGGCGGGGGGCAUGGGAAUCCUCCAGGGGGAGGAGGGUCGGUCCCUAAGGCCCGGGCCGCACUGGUGCCCCGACCCCCAGCGCCCGCGGGGGCCCUCCGAGAGAGCACCGGCCGAGGCACUGGCAUGAAAUACAGGAACCUGGGAAAGUCUGGUCUUCGAGUAUCCUGUCUUGGCCUAGGCACCUGGGUCACAUUUGGUUCUCAAAUCUCGGAUGAGACAGCAGAGGACGUGCUGACAGUAGCCUAUGAGCAUGGUGUAAACCUGUUUGACACGGCUGAAGUGUACGCAGCGGGAAAGGCUGAAAGAACCCUAGGCAACAUCCUCAAGAGCAAAGGAUGGAGGAGAUCAAGCUAUGUCGUCACCACCAAGAUUUUUUGGGGAGGACAGGCAGAGACCGAGCGAGGCCUGAGCCGCAAACACAUCGUUGAGGGCCUGCAAGGAUCCCUGGAGCGCCUCCAGUUGGGAUACGUGGACAUUGUCUUUGCCAACCGCUCAGACCCCAAUAGUCCCAUGGAGGAGAUCGUGCGGGCCAUGACCUAUGUCAUUGACCAGGGCCUUGCCCUGUACUGGGGGACAUCCCGAUGGGGAGCUGCAGAAAUCAUGGAGGCCUACUCCAUGGCCAGACAGUUCAAUCUGAUCCCUCCAGUGUGUGAGCAAGCGGAGCACCGUCUGUUUCAGAGAGAGAAGGUGCAGCUGCAACUGCCAGAGCUCUACCACAAGAUCGGUGUUGGCUCAGUCACCUUGUCCCCUUUGGCCUGUGGCCUCAUCACGAGCAAGUAUGAUGGGCGAGUCCCAGAUACCUGCAGGGCCAUCAAGGGCUACCAGUGGCUCAAGGACAAAGCGCAGAGUGAGGACGGCAAGAAGCAACAAGCCAAAGUCAUGGACCUUCUUCCCAUCGCCCACCAGCUGGGCUGCACUGUGGCACAGCUUGCUAUCGCGUGGUGUCUCCGCAGCGAGGGUGUCAGCUCGGUCUUGCUGGGGGUGUCAAGUGCAGAGCAGCUGAUAGAACACCUGGGAGCCAUACAGGUGCUGAGCCAGCUGACGCCGCAGACGGUGACGGAGAUAGACGAGCUUCUGGGGAACAAACCGCAUUCCAAGAAAUAGUCCGUCGAGGGGCGCAGGCACCCACAGCGGGGCCGCCGCCCCCGCCGACGAGCGCCUCCCCGCAGCCUCCCCCCUCCCGCCCCGGAUCCCUCCACGCCGCCGCGGCCGGCCGGAACGGGGAGGCCCCGCCCACUAAUGAGGCCCGCCCACUAACGAGUCCCGGCUUCCAGUAGCGCUGCGCAUGAACAAAGCCAUAUCUUUCCGCGGCGGGACUCGCCAGGGCAAGUAGUGCGCCGCCGCCCGCUGCGUCCUUCUAGGCCUUCCUGCUGACCCCGGGCAUGAGUUACCGAGCCAUCCCCUCUCUGCCACUUGGUCUCGCUCCCUUCUCUCUUCUCCUAGUCGCCGCCGAGGCCCGGGGGAGGAGGAGACACAAAAACAGGGCAGAUCCCGGAGAGAUGCAAAUUACCUCAAAAGUGGCCCUUCAUGUGUCAUCAAGGGGUAAUAACCUAA